AUGGCAUCUCGUACCCAGUGUUCAAUUCGCUGUUUAUCAAACGCUAACUGUGGAUAUUUCAGCUAUUGUAAUGACGUAUGUCACAUGCAGCGACCGUUUUACCGCGAAGUACUUGAAGAUUAUGAUUGCGACUGUUCAUCGUAUAUCUUGCUCAAUGAAAACAUUGUUUCGGGCAAAGAAUGGCAGAAAGUAUCUAAGAUGACCCAAACAUCAUUUGAAAGAAGUCCUAUUUAUUUAUACUGGGAGAGUUUGCCUAUUAAAAAGGUUGAAUUUCGGUUAAUCACAACUGGCCGAGAUUACGUAUAUAUAUUCAAUGGAACAGGGACGAAUUCUGUAUCGUGGUACCGAAAUGAUAAACUCAUUAAACAUCCCAUGCCAAGCGGUUUUCAAUUCAACUUUACAUCCAACAAUGAUAUCACAGAACCGUAUUUUCGCAUCGAUUUUGGACAAACUUCUAAUUACGGUUAUCGGGUUGAAGCCACAGCGAUGAAUGGAAUGUACAAAAUUGUUUACGGUAGCCAAGGCCAGGAAUCUCCUAUUAACGAAUUGGUCAUCUCAGUCCUUUUCAAGUAG